AUGGACUCGCUUGCCGGGUACGUAUACAAAGCGGCUGCUGAGGGCCGAGUCCUGACGCUGGCCGCCCUGCUGCUCAACCACUCCGAGGCCGAGACACGAUAUUUACUGAGUUACGUGACUCACCUGGCUGGCCAACGGUCAACUCCUCUCAUCAUUGCAGCUCGAAACGGACACGACAAAGUUGUGAGGCUGCUGCUGGAUCACUACAGGGUGGAUACUGAACAGACUGGCACAGUCAGAUUUGAUGGGUUAGUAUUCAUGAAUUGAAUCAUUGGUCAUUCAAUUGUGUGAUUACACUUUAUUUCUGCUGGCAAUGGUCGGAAAUUAAGCACCUUAAUUGACUUUCAUGUCAAAUGCAUCAUUUGCUGGUUAAUUCAUUUGACCCAUCUCUUCUCUCUCCUUCAGGUAUGUCAUUGACGGGGCCACCGCGUUGUGGUGUGCGGCUGGCGCAGGACACUUUGAGGUGGUCCGCCAGUUGGUGUGCCACCAGGCUAAUGUCAACCACACCACUGUCACCAACUCCACCCCCCUGAGGGCGGCCUGCUUUGACGGGCGCCUGGACAUUGUGAAAUACCUGGUGGAACACCAGGCCAACAUCAGCAUCGCCAACAAGUACGACAACACCUGCCUGAUGAUCGCCGCCUACAAGGGCCACACAGACGUGGUGGGCUUUCUGCUGGAGCACGGUGCCGACCCCAACGCCAAGGCCCACUGCGGGGCCACCGCCCUGCACUUUGCUGCCGAGGCAGGCCACCUGGACAUCGUGAAGGAGCUGGUGCGCUGCCAGGCAGCCAUGGUGGUGAACGGCCACGGCAUGACGCCGCUCAAAGUGGCGGCGGAGAGCUGCAAGGCGGACGUGGUGGAGCUGCUGCUGUCGCACGCCGAAUGUGACCCGCACAGCCGCAUCGAGGCCCUGGAGCUGCUGGGUGCCUCGUUCGCCAACGACCGGGAGAACUAUGACAUCCUCAAGACCUACCACUACCUCUACCUGGCCAUGCUGGAGCGCCACCGCGAUGUCGGCGCGCUCAUCGCCAAGGAGCUACUGCCGCCCAUCGAGGCCUACGGCGGUAGGGGCGAGUGCCGCACCCCGCAGGAGCUGGAGGCCAUCCGGACGGACCGCAAUGCGCUGCACAUGGAGGGCCUGAUGGUGCGCGAGCGCAUCCUGGGCUCGGACAACAUCGACGUGUCUCACCCCAUCAUCUACCGGGGUGCCGUGUAUGCCGACAACAUGGAGUUCGACCAGUGCAUCAAGCUGUGGCUGCACGCGCUGCUCCUGCGCCAGAAGGGCAACCGCAACACGCAUAAGGACCUGCUGCGCUUCGCCCAAGUCUUCUCCCAGAUGGUGCACCUGAAGGAGCCGGUGGGGGCAGAGCCGGUGAAGCAGGUGCUGCGCUGCAGCGUGCUGGAGAUCCAGAGGAGCAUGGCCAGGGUGGAAGCAGCACCUGAGGCCGAGCUUCACACGGCUAUGGACAACUACGAGUCCAACGUGUUCACCUUCCUCUACCUGGUGUGCAUCAGCACCAAGACAGUGUGCGGCGAGGAGGAGCGCGCCCUUCUCAACAAGCAGAUCUACAACCUGAUCCAGCUGGACCCGCGCUCGCGGGAGGGCUCGUCUCUCCUGCACCUGGCCAUCAGCUCCAGCACCCCAGUGGACGACUUCCACACCAACGACGUGUGCAGCUUCCCCAACGCGCAAGUAACCAAGCUGCUGCUGGACUGCGGCGCGCAGGUGAACGCAGUGGACCACGAGGGCAACAGUCCGCUGCACAUCAUCGUGCAGUACAACCGGCCCAUCAGCGACUUCCUGACGCUGCACGCCAUCAUCAUCAGCCUGGUGGAGGCGGGUGCCCACACUGACAUGACCAACAAGCAAAAGAAGACGCCGCUGGACAAGAGCACCACGGGUGUGUCGGAGAUCCUGCUCAAGACCCAGAUGAAGAUGAGCCUCAAGUGCCUGGCGUCGCGGGCCGUGCGCCAGCACCAAAUCACAUACCGCAACCAGAUCCCUAAGACUCUGGAGGAGUUUGUGGAGUUCCACUGA